GCCAACAAGACAAAGGAAUUGGAAACUUGCAUCAAAGGAUUAGAGAAACAAAUACAACAGAUAGAGUCAAAACGUGACGUACUUGCUGACCUCGCCGAAGGAAACGCGACUAAACCAGAAGAGACACCAAUGGGAAUAAGGGACAAGGGUCGUAGGGACUCAAGAGAGAGAAACUAUGACGCUGAGAAUUGUCCAAGGAAGGACGAUAUUCUCCAAGGGUUGUCGAAGGUAAACGAAAUGCAACUCCGCAAAGACGACGGAAAGCUGAGACGAUCACCGGAAGACCUAUGUAUCGUGAGCAACGAGACACACCGCGAUGAAGAGUUACAUCCCGACCUGCACAAAAGAGAAAAGAUUUUGGAUAAGUGUCCUAGUAAGUAUACAUCAAUCGGAUCCGUAAAUAAAGCAUCGGGACCUAUCUGUGACGAAAUCCCAACGACUAGCAUUGCCGAGAUCCUGAGGGAGAAAGAUAAUGAAAUAUCGAAAACAGACGAGACACUAAAACUUACCGACGAGACACCAACAGUGCAAGAGGACACGGACACAUACCUAGAAGAAACGACGGAAGAGUAUUCCGAUGAUGAUGAAGCUGUAGCGACUAAAAACAGUAAGGAAAACGACGACAUAGAUAAGACAGCGAGCAAACCGAAAGAAACCGAUAGGUUAGUUGCGCGGAACCUAAAAAUAAAGUACCAUCAAGAGGGAACUCGAAACCGACCUGAAAGUAUGUCACCACGUGACGAAGCGGAAGGAAGCCAUGAUGAAAGGAUAUGCCCCGAUCCGCAAAGGGAAGUCGUGCCGGUGGAUGACGAUGCGGAAAAGGUUGGUGAAGCUGCCCCAAAGGAUGAAACGAAGGAAGGUCAAGAACUAACUUACGAUGAGGUAUUGGUUGCCCAUGAUGAUGAAAAACGGUACGUGAGCAAUAACAUAAUGGAUAAACCAGAGAAGGACGAAAGAAACGUAGAAAGCCAAUAUGGAAGCUUAAAUCUAAACAAAAUACCAUCUGAUUCGAUCAACGAUCGAAACACGGAAGAACGGCUAACCUACAACAACACAAAUCAGUAUGUGGAUGGUGAAACGAUGGAUAAAAUAAAGAACAAAAGAGACGUGGAUAAAAGUCAAUAUGAAAGCUUGAGAAAAUCACUUAACCUGUUUAACCAUCACAACAUGAGAAGACAACGAGAUGCCGCAAACUAUCGCGACCAGGGAGGAGGAUACGACACUAUACACAAGAAACCCGUCAACAACGAAACUGAUCUUGGAGAUGCUAAACAUGUUAUAAGAAAGAUAAGUUUAUUAAUGAACCCUCGAAUUUGUAAGCAGUGGCUAUGGAAAAGGAGAAGAAAAGAACAAGAAAUAACAUACCCAGGAGAACGACCGACGACCCAGCGAUUCAAUCAUUAG